AUGAAGAUUCUGUCAAUUGUCUGUGUUUUCCUUGUCACCAAUGUCUUGGCGACGGAUGAUUUUGCCAGUGCAAAAGCCGUGGUUAUAAAAUACAUUUCUGCAAAUUUUACGGAUGAUUUUUUAACAGCGGUAAGUCUGUUGAGGGAUGGACUUAAACGGUGAUUAUUUUAGGCGUUUGACAGCAUUUACUGCUCUGUGCAGAACAAUGCCACAUUUGUUGACGCGCAUGAAGGUAAGAGCAACAAGAUACCGUUUCUAUUCUCGCGACCAAACCCUACUUUCGAGGCAACCAUUCAACGCAACAAUUUUAGAGUUUGACGACGAAAUGCUUCCUCUUCUUUUGACCCAAACAGAAUUCGUUGAGCCCUUCACUCAACUAAGCUUUCACGUUGGGAGUAUCUCAGAUCUCUGGGAUAUACUCAGUGAAACGGUGUCACCAAGUCUACAGUCAGCCUACGAUACAGUUCGAGACGCCAAACCUGCGACUCAAAGGGAAUUUUCAAAUCUUAUUGUGAAGGUAACUAUCACCGUUCGUAUUCAUUUUACACUGCAUUUAGGUAUUACCAAAAAGUUUUUUUGCUGAAGCGGUAAAUAAUGUACAAGCUGCUCUGGACACAAAAACAUGGAAGUAUUUGGUCAGCGAUCUUUACUGCGUGUUAAAUUUUAGUGUUUAUGGAAUAAAGAAAUCUUGA